CUUGUGUGUGCCGUGCAUGCGACUCUAGCAGUCCAUGUGCUUGCUCUCUGUAUGGAUGUUGAUGUUGCACUGAAUAGCUUGAACCUCGGCAAGCAGGCAAGAUGUCCAGCACUCCUCACGACCCAUUCUAUUCGUCUCCUUUCGGACCUUUCUACAGGAGACACACGCCGUACAUGGUGCAGCCCGAGUAUCGGAUCUAUGAGAUGAACAAGAGGCUGCAGUCGCGCACAGAGGAAAGCGACAACCUCUGGUGGGAUGCAUUUGCCACAGAGUUUUUUGAAGAUGAUGCAACGUUAACACUUUCAUUCUGCUUAGAAGAUGGACCAAAGAGAUACACUAUUGGAAGAACACUCAUCCCUCGAUAUUUCAGCACUGUCUUUGAAGGAGGUGUUACAGAUCUGCAUUACAUUCUGAAACACUCCAAGGAAUCAUUCCACAACUCAUCAAUCACAGUGGACUGUGAUCAAUGCACCAUGGUCACCCAGCAUGGAAAGCCAAUGUUUACAAAGGUUUGCACUGAAGGACGGCUGAUUCUGGAGUUCACAUUUGAUGAUCUCAUGAGGAUUAAGACAUGGCACUUUACAAUAAGACAAUACAGGGAACUGGUUCCGCGCAGUAUAUUAGCAAUGCAUGCACAAGAUCCUCAGGUGCUGGAGCAACUAUCCAAAAACAUCACCCGAAUGGGUUUGACCAGCUUCACGCUUAACUACCUCAGGUUGUGUGUAAUAUUGGAGCCAAUGCAGGAACUCAUGUCAAGACACAAAACAUACAACCUAAGUCCGAGGGAUUGUCUCAAAACGUGCUUGUUCCAAAAAUGGCAAAGGAUGGUGGCACCACCAGCAGGACACCCACAGAACUUCAAAACGGAAAUUUUCACAACAAAUCAGAAAAAAGCUGAACCCACAAGACAGACAACAACAAAGAGAAGAAAAAGGAAAAACUCGGCCAGCAGCGCCUCUAACAGCAGCUUGGGGAACAACGUGAACAGCAACAGCAAGAAAAAAAGUCCUGCCAGCAACUUCAGCCUGUCCAGUCAGGUACCUGAUGUGAUGGUGGUCGGAGAGCCCACUCUAAUGGGUGGGGAGUUUGGAGACGAGGACGAGCGUCUCAUCACGAGGCUGGAGAACACACAGUAUGAUGCGGCCAAUGGCAUCGAUGAUGAAGAAGACUUCAAUAACUCUCCAGCACUUGGCAACAAUAGCCCAUGGAACAGCAAACCUCCAAAUAACCAGGAUUCCAAGUCGGAAAACACAGCCCCGCAGCCAUCUCAAUAAAGUGGCACGGAAAUGAGAGGAAUCUGGCUGCUCUUCCCAUUCUGCAGUUGCUCUCGCUACAUUCUGUACUCUGUGGGUAUGAAGUCAGCGCUGUACUCUAUUCUGAUAUCGAGGUGUAGGAAUUCUGUGUUACUUGUAACACCGGAGAUAAACUUGGGAUUGCAAUAUGAAACACAUGUUAUAAAUACACAUUUUUACAUACACAGAAAGAAUUUUGUGACUCUUAGCAGGAACAGUGAAGACUUUUUUUAUCAUACUAUAAAUACAGUAUAUAUAAUAUAUAAAGAAAAAAUAUACAUAUACAUAUAUAUAUAUAUACUGUCAAAACGAUGAAGGUUAAAUGUAUAGUAAGAGCCAGCAGUGGCACUACCAGAUCUUUUUGAAUACGGCUACUUGAAUUCUUCUACUACCCUAUUGUGUCGAACAUUUGUGCAAAAACUAUUUUUACUUUUUAGUUGCAAAUGAGACAAAUACAAAAGUUAGGCGACGCAGUAAUGGCAGCACCCAAAUGUCUUUCCUGCUGGAAUUUUCUUACCUCUGGCAAACAAAACAAAGUUGGACUAUUGUUUUUUUUUUUUUCUUUUUUUCUUACAAAAGCUUUUUUUUUUUUUUUUUAAAGUUUCUAUCAAAUUGUAACAGAGAUGUACCCGCCUUUAGGCCAUCAUAAAAUCACCACUGUGCUCUUUAUCUGUUUUGGUCAGUUUUUGUUUCCUUUUGUAAGAAUUCACUCUGACCACACAUGAAAUGGCGUCCAUUUUUCUCAAGGGCAGUGUUAGAUACCAGAUGGCAUUUAUGAAGAUCACAAGGUGUGAAACCGUGCACUCCCUUAUUUGACUUUAUUGCGAAUUUUAAUCAUUAUAUCAAAUCAAGUGGCUUCACAACACUUUUAUUAAAGUCAGGACAUAUUAUGCCUAAAUGCAUUCAGUGCAUCUUCUUCUGAUCUUGUAUUAUAUAAAGACCUACACUAACAUUUAUUUUUCUUUCUCUUGCAGUGUUUUGUAUUUUAUCUUAUAAUCGGUUUGUUCUGUUCAAAGCCAUCCCGACAUGACAAAUCAUUUGUUUUUACAAUUUUUGCUUUCAGCAGAAUGACCAACCUGAGGAUUUCAAGAAAACCUUUUUUUUUCCCUGCCUAGUUUCUUAAAUGUUUUCCUCAAAAAAGUCCAUGUCUGAUUUUGAACUCUAUUGAACCACCUUUGUGAAAGUUCCAUUAUCUCGUUGUCCUAAGCUGCUGUAACUAUUGCUUGGUUUUUGGUUGCAUACAACAGGUCUGUGAGAAGCGUCUCGGUAGAAAACAGUACCCAUGUAGUAAGAAAACACCAGCCAGAUGAAGACUGUGUGAAAAGGCAGUGCGACUAUCCUCAUUGUAGACACGUUGAACUAGGGAUCUCGAUCAGAACUGCGUCUGUUGGUCACAGUUUAGUGACAUUUAUUACUAAUAUGUGUUCAGUGUUUUUUCCCCAUUUUUUUAUUUGUACGGCCUAAGGCAGCAAGAGCCUAUCUGUCCUAGCAGAACUUGGGUGCUGACCUGCCUAAGAUGUCAGUCCGUCAUUGGACACACCGAUGCUAUUUUAUCCUGGGCUGACAUACAUAGUGCUCAUCUUUGGGCGGUUAGUGUAACUUCAGAAAACUCAUCCAGGCCGAGGGAAACCAUGUUAACAAGUUUAUAAGACUGUGAAGAAACAGUUAUGUCAGGUAAAAAGAGAAAAAAAUGGUCCUAUUACUGAACUCUGAAAAUUCGGGUGUUGCCCAUUUCCCACUGAAGUGGAGUUUCACAUGAUUAAGAACACAACUUUCCAGAAGCACUGAAGACAAAGAGGACGCUUGCUGAAGUGUCUUUAAACCGAGGAUGACCCCCUAGAUUUGUAUCUAUUUGUAGCCCAUGUGACAUACAAGAUCGGGAUACGUUCUGUUUAUUUUCAUAUCCGUGUUUGUACGUAGCGCGCAGGCAGCUGAUUAGACUGAAAGAUCCCCACGUUCUUUCACGUCCUACUGCAUGCCAUAGCCGCUUUGCCCAUUGUCUCAUGUACAUUGUACCAGCACAUAACACACGCCAAAGCACUAUCUGCUUGUAAAGACAUUUUAAUUGGCUGUGCUGGCGGCCUUUAUUACUGCGUUUUUCCAUUUAGGAUGAUGCACAGACAUCUUCCAUCCAUCCAUCAUCCAACCCACUAUAUCCUAACUACAGGGUCACGGGGGUCUGCUGGACCCAAUCCCACCCAAUACAGGGCACAAGGCAGGGCGCCAGCCCACCGCAGACAGACAUCUUUAGUUGUACAAGUUCCUACAUUUAGUAGUUUUUAAUUUGAAAUGCCAAACCUUACUGAAAAUUGUAAUAUUUUUAUAAAUAGCAUAACAAGAUGCAAAGCACUGUACCAUUUUACAUGAAUUAAAUAGAUAUAUUAAGCCAGCGGAACAAAAUUUAUUUUAGUAUAAGAACGGACAGAUGAGCAGAAUGAUAUUGCCCUCUUUUAACUAAUGUUUUGUUUUAAAACCUUUAAAAAUGGUUUUCUUAUGGUAGCGGUGAUGAACGCAGCUUUUUGGGUUUGCACUUAAAGCAAAACUUGUACUUUCUCGACUUUUCUACGAUAAAGUUGACUUACAGCCAGUGGCCUGGAUUUACACAUCAAAUACAAAACAAUGAAGUGGAGUCCCGUCCAUUACGAUGUGAGUCUGGUGUGUAUUAACAUAAGAUUUAAAGCCAAACAUUUUUGUACAAUAAUAGAUGUUUGUCUUAUUAAACAUUCUGUGUUUCUGUUUCUGGGAUGUUUCUAUUCAACUAAAUUAAAUUAAAAUCAAUUCAGGCUCUAGAUUCUGUGUUAUUUUAAAAGCAUUAUCUGAGACAAUGCAGAAAAAUAUCAGAAUUUGAAUUGCAUUCGUACCCAUCCGUCCAUCCAUCUUCAAAGCCACUUGUCCUGAGCAGGGUUCUGGGGUAGCUGGAGCAGGGCCUCAGUCUGUCGCAGGGUGAACACACACACACAGGGCGCACAGACCAGUUUAGCAUCGCCAGUCCAUCUAACCUGCAUGUCUUUGGACUGGGGGAGAAAACCGGACCACUAAGAUAAUUAAUAAAACAAAAACACGCUGCAGACAGGACUCUCUUUGAUAUCCACUGUGGACAGGCGUAACACCAUUCAUGGGCGUCAAGGAAGUGUUAGGGUGCUAGCAGGGCAAGCCCUUUUAAUCCUAACACAAAUGAUAGUAAACAAAAAGUACGCUUGAUGGCGCUAAUGGCAGUUAAACAAAACAAAAGCCAUCUUUGUGACUUAUUUUUUUUUUAAAGUGUCAGCUUAAUAGAGCAUAUCUUCCUUGGGAGCUACAUUCUGGUAGCAGUUCAGGCCCAAAAUGAGACGCCACUUGUCUGGGCCAUCUGCUCUUUUAUAGGACUCUGGCUGGAAGGGGUGGAGUCAUUUGCCCUCAAUGGGUGUCAGCUUGCAGCUGUGGGGGGUGGAGACAGCAGAGUUAGCGACAGCCCAGGAUGAUACCCCUCUCUCCACCAACCGGUGGCUGUGAAAAUUUCAGUAUGUAAAUAGUUUGGUCGCAAUGACAAGAAGAGUCAGCACCAAGAAACUGACGGCGAAUUUCAUCAAAUAAAUUGACGUUGAUCAGACAGAUUUAGCAUGGGGGCCCUAUAUUUUCUCAGGAGACAAUUACAAUACAAAUAAAGUCGACGUGAUUUUUAAUUCCCAACAUUUACACGUGUGAGCGCAUAGGCUGCAGAUUACAGCACACAGAACUUCACCCUGCACCGUGACAAUGAAGAGGCCCAUAGAUUGUGGAGCACAUUGGUGUGGGCCUCGCUCCAGUCAUGUUUCAUUUAGGUGACCUGACGUGCUUUCUCUCAGGUCUUGCUUGUCCAGUCGAUGAUUUACAUACCGUCAGGUCCAUAAGGAUUUGGUCAGUGACACAAUUUUCACAAUUUUGGCUCUGCACACCACCACAUGGAUUGAAACAAAUCAAUCAAGAUGUGUUUGACGUGUAGAAUUUCAGCUUUAAUGCAACAAAAAUGUUGUAGGAGAUGUUUAUAAAAGACAGACAUUUUUAUACACGGUCCCCCAAUUUUCAGAGGCUCGAGCCCCUGAAUGCACAUGAACCUGACUGUACUUACGCAAGGAAAUGAUUUACACAAAACUCAAAGAAAACAUACGAGACUAUGUCAGAUAAAAUAGUUUUGCCUUUUCAUUUGCUUUUUCAGUAUUUGUUGCAACUUCUUUUGUAAAUGUUUUGCCUUUAUUUAAACGAGUGUCUGACCAGAUACUUUUCUGCAGUGUAGUGUAGAAAUUGGGCAAAAUUUAAUGGUAGAUAUCAUGAUAUUAGGGAGAUUGUUAGAGUGAGAAAUUCUCCAGAGGUGCACAUUAGUAUUGAAUAUAUCGCUAUUAAUUACCAUAAAACACAGAGUUCUUUAAAAUGUAAUAAAACUCUUGCUCUCCUUUUCUGCCUGUGUUUUCCUGGCCUGGACAUUUGGUCACCUUGCUCAACAGGCGCCAGUUCAGGUGCUUUACUUUGCCCUACGCACACCCCACUGAGUGCCGAUUUGUUUCCAUCAGCUUGAAGUUUCUGCUGUUUUCCAGCCAUUUGGUAAAAAUGACUCUAUAGAUUUCUGCUUAAAAUGCCCUAUCCACUCUGGUCAGAUAACAUUUAGUAUGCGAUCGAUCCAUUCAUCUCAUUCAUCAGCUAAGACAAAGACACUGUAUCAGGCGGCAGUGCUCACAAGACGAGGACCAGCAGUGAGGGUAGACCGGUCUACACGAUGACAUAUCGUAGCUCUUACUAACAUAUUAUUAACUAACUUAAAUCCUUUCAUCCUUUUCACUUCAUAUGACAACAUUUCUUGCUGCGGGAGGGUAUUUAUUUAUAUGCCUUACCACUUCCCCUUUAACUAUUUUGGCACUUGGGCUUUUGCUGGGUUCAGACAAACUGCUCCAGUAGCAGUCAAACAAACAUGCAAAACACAAAAAUCCUUACUCUUCCAUUAUCUCUGUUUUCUUUUUUAUUAUAUAUAUAAAGAACAGAUCACAUUAACAAAAUGCAAUUUGUUCAGAAACACAAAUACGAGAACAAGUUCAAAGACGAUGAAACGCUUGAGACACAGCACAUCUACAGUAUAUAAAAAUCUAAAGCAAAUAUAUAAAACUGCUUGUUAAAACCUAUACUACAUGUGGAAACACAAGUAACACCUUUCACAAGAUCCCUAACAACCAGCUGAGUCCAUGCAGUAAAGAGUAAAAUGUAAGGCCCAGGGGUGCAGCACAAGCUCCCAUUCAACAGUUCAGCUCUUAGGGGGUCCUUCAUCCAGGAGGUCUAAAGUAGCCAGCUGUUCUUGGCAGUGAAAGUCACGGCCUUAUUCAUAAAAAUUGGGGAUGAAAUGUUUUGUGGGUUGUGUUUUUUUUUUUUGUUUUUUUUUUAUAUAGCAGCCACCAAAGUGAAGAGACUGGGCCUGGCCAGACAACACAGAGUGACUCAGGAGGCACAUUGAAAGUCCCAGCAGUGGACCGAGGGGGCCAACAUCAGCCUGAGACCCCCAAGAUGUAACCCCCUUUAGUGAUUUCAAGUCACACUGACAUUCCCCAGGGGCCUGCAAUAUUAGUUCACAUUCAGAGCCAACCUGGAGGAGAAUCCCAAUUCGAUCAAAACGCACGGAAGCCCAUAAAGAAAACCAAGUAGACCAUUCAGAACAUAAUAAGAGCGCAAACAAUCAAAAAACAAACUGAGGCUCCAUAACUCCUCUUUUAAAAUCAGUCUGUCAGUUUUAUACAGUCUUUGAGUAAAAUUAACAAGAACUGUCAUUUCAUCCCAUCAAUCGCUUUCACUUGUGUAUGUGGAGCAAAAUUGAUUUGAUAUUUACAAGUCGACUUCUAGUCAGUUCAAUGCAUUGAUGUGGUUUUUUUACCUCUUUUUUUCCCACUUAUAUCUGUUUAAAAUCUCCUGUUCAUCGCAAUGUUAUAAAAAAAAAAAACAUAACAGGUGGCCACAUUUAAUUUGAGUCCCAUCAGACUGGGUGAUCCUAUUUAUUUCCUAAAAUAUUUCAUUUAAACCACACUAAGAAGAAAUCUGCCAACGUGACCAGUAAAACAUGAAGCGAUGAUCGGGUCUCUUCUGUCCCUGCCCUUCACCACACCUAACACUACCUUCAGUGUGGAAAGAGACGGCUUAUAUGUCAGAAAUGUAUUCAUAAUUGUGGAGGCGCGUACUUGAUAAAGCUGCAGUAAGCUCAGUGGGACUUUGAGGGUCCACUGCGUAAGGUCUGUCGAAAAUAUCGUCCAUCCAAAUAUCGACUUAUUGUGAGAGGCUUAAAUAAUGAGCUGUUAAAAAUGUGUUUCACAUACCAUGGAUGCUUUUAUUUCAAAGCCCUCACUUUUUUUUCUGUCAGAGCAAUUGUAUUCCACCUCCAGUCUGAUCAUCGGUGACUCGUGAUUAAUUCUGUUAGUGGGAUGGAUCUUCUGAAUUGUUAUUCUUACACUAAAUAUAAUUGGUGUUUUACUAACUUAAUCACUGUCUUGCUCGUAAGGAAAGUUAAGACUGAUAAAUUCGGCCUACAUGUGAGUGUGCAGUGUAAGCCAUGUUUAUAUUUUUGCUGGAUUCUCCAAUUUAAAGAAAUGUGAACCUUUUGAAGACCCAAGUUAAGUUUUGCAUUCAGACAGCGUGAUUAUUUUAAACUUUAAAAACCCUUUUCACGUUUUCUUAUUCCAAGAUGAUUUCAUUUCAUUCACAAUAUAUCAAAAGCCUAAAUAUUAAACGAUGGAUUUUUUUCAGUAGACGUUGUGCUCAGUAUAUACCUACUUUUAUCUUAAAAUAUAUUUUACAUAACAGCAGAAGCUAGUGAAAUUAUUUCAGAAGCACCUAAUUUUAACAAGAUGAUGGAAACGUCACAGAGUGUGGCAAUGGAGGUACUGGGGACCCCUGGCUAGUCACGGAGUGGACUGUCAUAAAUAACAGUAAGCCAGAUGACCGAUUGCUUUGCCAAUUCGGGGUUUGUACAGUACGCCAACCCUUUUUAAUGAUUUACAACAUUUGCAUUUUGUUUUUGUCUUUUUCACUUUGCAUUUGAAACCCAGUGCUCUUUAUAAGUGGGCGCCAUACCUGAAAACUGACGUUUCUAAGGGUUAAAGCUUUGUCCUGUAAAUAAGCUGAUGAUUCUAGUAUAUUAAAGCCAUGAAGCCCAUUGAUUUGUGGGAAGCUGAAUAUACAGGUUUGUGUUUGUAAUGUACUUUUACUUCAAUUUGGUGUUUUAUUAGUCCUCCAGGCAAUGUAAACUUGUAUGUUUAAUAUUUUUGCAAAAAAAAAAAACUAAACAAAUAAAGACCUCAGUUGGUUAAAUUCUUUUUUCCUUGUAUAUUUAUGUGGGCAUUUGUAUUAGGCCAAUCUGUUUCAUCUGCAUAUUAAUAAUCUGCACAACAUGUAAAAUAUUAACAAGUCUUAGUGUCCUAUUAAUGAAGAAUUUUAUGUAUGCUUUGACAUUGUGUGUGCCAAUAAAAUGUGUUAACAUUAUAUGUUUAAUUUAA